AUAAAUAACAGCAGGAGUGAUCUAACCCUAUACAGCCCAUCCUCUACGUGCAAAAACAGCGUGCGGAGGACGGCCACAUCUCCGACUGCAAACAAGUGGAUCUCUGUGGAUAAGAUCACCGGGCAGCCAUGGAAGAACUUACGGCUUUUGUAUCCAAAUCUUUUGACCAGAAAAGCAAAGAGAGCAGCAGCGGCAGUGGCAGCAGCAACAAGAAGGAGACGAUCACUUACAGGGAAGUUUUGGAGAGUGGGUUGGCUCGCUCUAGGGAGCUUGGAAACUCUGACUCUAACCUGCAGGACAUGACCGAGAGCAGCAACCAUUGCCCGGUGCAUCUUUUCAAAGACCACGUAGAGAGCGACAAGGACAAACUGAAGGAGUUCAGCACGGGCAGGACGGCGGAAGGGAUCUACGAGUGCAAAGAGAAGAGGGAAGAUGUAAAGUCAGAAGACGAAGAUGGACAGACCAAGCUCAAACAAAGGAGGAGCAGAACCAAUUUCACACUAGAGCAGCUGAAUGAGCUGGAAAGACUUUUUGAUGAGACUCACUAUCCGGAUGCCUUCAUGAGGGAGGAACUAAGCCAGAGGCUGGGACUGUCUGAAGCUAGGGUUCAGGUCUGGUUCCAGAAUAGGAGAGCAAAAUGUCGAAAGCAGGAAAACCAGAUGCACAAAGGUGUGAUCUUGGGAACCGCCAGCCAUCUAGACGCCUGCAGAGUGGCCCCCUACGUGAAUAUGGGAGCCCUAAGGAUGCCUUUCCAACAGGUCCAGGCCCAGCUGCAGCUGGAGGGCGUGGCCCACGCGCACCCGCACCUGCACCCGCACCUGGCGGCCCACGCUCCCUACCUGAUGUUCCCACCGCCGCCGUUCGGGCUGCCCAUCGCCUCGCUGGCGGAGUCCGCUUCCGCCGCCGCCGUGGUGGCCGCCGCCGCCAAGAGCAACAGCAAGAACUCCAGCAUCGCCGACCUGCGGCUGAAGGCCCGGAAGCACGCCGAGGCCCUGGGGCUCUGACACGCUUCACACCAGACGCCCCCUACGCCAUACCAAAC